GACUAAUAAGAAGAAGAAGACUAAGGCCCAGCAAACGACGACAUCUUUGUUGGGGCCCCUCGAUUUUGUGACCUCCACACCUCAGAAAGGAGAGAAGAGGCGAAGAAGAGGUAAGCCAUUGGGUUAUUUCUCUGACAGAGACGGAGGAUCCUUCCUUUUCUGAGCCCACCAACGAAGCGGGAGCGCACCCACAGAAGGAUGAGGAGGCGGCCAUGGCCGCAGCCUCAGCGAAAAGGAGGACGACGAGCAGCGAUGAUAAACCGCCGUCAACGAGUAGGAGGAAGAAGAAGAAGAAGUCAAGAAAAAAUAAGAGCCUGCAAUUGCAAUUGGUGUCCCCCUUCUUCCAUAAUAAUAAGGCGACCUCCUCAACGGAAAAUUUGACGCAGAAUCCACCUUCACUGUCCAAUUCCUUAAUUAAGAAGAAAAUCAGUCGGAUUCUAUGCAAUUCUCCUUUCUCCAGGUCGUCUUCUUUGGCCGGAGAAGAUGGGAUAACUAUUGUAGAAGAGGCAGAUAACGAUCCGUCGAAGAGCAAAGAAGUUUGUAAUGGGGUACCCAAUGAGGCGGAGAAAGCAUCCCUCGUCUCAUCUUAUUCUCAAUCUUAUUCUUAUGGGACUGCGAAAAUAGAGGAGAAGCCCGAUGCGGAAGACGCGGGCAUUGACGCUUCUCCAUCCAACAAGAAGCGAAGCAGUGAGCGGCAGAAGCUGCCUAAGGAAGCGCCAGAAAAAGUUCGUUUGGUUUCCUCUUACUUCCAGACCCCAACACAAACAGUGCAGCAGCAACAACUAAGGAGAAAGGACGACGCCACAUCGCUAAAACCCAACAGCAAGACCAAGACCCGCCGUCCCACCAAGAAGAAGGUGGUGGUCGUUUCCCCUUACUUCUGCAAUGUUGCCACUAAGGAAGAAGAAGAAGAGGAAGGGGAGAGUUACUGCAAGCGACGGUCCACUAAUGCCCCUUCCCUUUCGGUUGCUCAGAAGCUGGAUGAAGCUUACCAAAGAGUGACUCCAGAUAACCAGUGGAAGCCUCCACGCUCGCAUUUCCCACUUCUUCAAGAAGACCAUGUCCACGAUCCUUGGAAGGUCUUGGUUAUUUGCAUGCUUCUUAACCGCACCUCCGGUGCACAGGCCAGCAAAGUCAUAUCAGACCUCUUCACACUUUGUCCGGAUGCCAAGACUGCAACAGAGGCUGCAAGAGAAGAGAUAGAAAAGCUGAUUCAGACUCUUGGAUUGCAAAGGAAAAGAGCCAUGAUGAUUCAGCGCUUCUCGAAGGAGUAUUUGGAAGGUGGCUGGACACAUGUUACCCAGCUGCAUGGGGUUGGCAAGUACGCAGCUGAUGCAUACGCUAUAUUCUGCACAGGGAAGUGGGACAGGGUGAGACCAACUGAUCACAUGCUAACUAAAUAUUGGGAGUUUCUCUCUAAGAUUCAGAACUCUUGAACUAUAUAUUUUGAGUAUUGGGGUUCGCUGCCCUCUGUACCUUGAAUUACUGAAUUGAUGAAGAACACACAUUGUUUACAUUUGAAAUUACUGAGCUAUUUAAUAUUUCUUUGU